CUUCAUAAUAUAUUGCAGAUAUUUUCUACUAUAAAAACAAGUGAUGUUAAUUUGAAAAUCACAGUAUUAGUUUUUUGAUCAAGAAACAUAGUUUACUGAAAAUAUGGCAUUCCAAAAAACUAUUUUGGUAAUGUGCAUUGUAGCUAUUGUUCUAGUACAACAAACUUUAUGUGAUGAUGAUGAUGAUGAUGAUGACCACCAUGGCCAUCAUCAUCAUCAUCAUCAUAAUGGUGACGAUGAUGAUGACCACCAUGGUUAUCAUCAUCACCAUGGUCAUCAUCCUCAUCAUAAUGGCCAUUAUGGAGGAUAUUAUGGUAAUGGACAAUGGGGAAAUGGUUAUGGAAACGGCUAUGGAAACGGUUAUGGAAACGGUUAUGGAAAUGGCUAUGGUAAUGGCUAUGGAUAUGGAAAUGGAAAUGGCUAUGGAUAUGGAAAUCGUUACAGGCAAGAACAAGGUGGAAUUUUGGGAGCAUUGUUGGGCUUUUAAACUUACACUAAACAAAACUUAUAAAAUUUAAUGACAUUAAUUCAGUUUUUUUUAUUGUUUAAUUUAUAAUAUAUUUAUAUAUUGUUUGUAUGUGUUUUCUAAUUAACUAAAAAUAUACGUAACUUAUUUGGAAAAUUUUA